GGAAACGCUGUCAAGCCGAUAUCGUGAGCUGCUACUCUUAAUGAACGUUGCGACGUCGCACAUCGCACGAAACCCCGAAAUGUCGGCGUCGAUCCGGAACAGUCUCGAGCUUCACAUGAAAAAAUGCCGGGAGCACCUCGAGUCGUUCGAGCGCAAGGCUAAUCCGAUUUUUGGUGGUAAGGGGAUAUUGGGUGUUUUUCAGCGCCUACAAUUGAUGCCGGAGAGUGUUUCGAUGUUCAAGAAACUGAAUUCACACUUUAAGCACGAGUUAUUGGCGAUACGUCUGUGCUUGGAUGCUGCGACACAGUGAGUGUUUCGUGUGUGGAUUUGAAACACCCAUCACUGACCCGCACAGGGAGCAGCAGUUGAGCAGCCAACUCAGUCAACGUGACCUAGCAAUUCUUUGUCAAACCAUGUCCGCGCAACUUGCGGUUAUGACUAGCAUGAUCACUGCCAGGCCAAAGGACAUCGGUUAUACUUGGGAGGGUGGAGAUCAGAAGCGCCACAUAACAAUGGUUCAUGCCACUGGCGAGACCUGGUUGGUACCGUUCGAUUUCUGGUUGACGUUUGAGAGGCUUCAUAAAUUUCUGACCAUCAGAUCUGACUACCCUGGCUACGGACGUAUGAUGAGAAAUCAUUACCGUUUGACCGAUUGCUCCACUGGUACCACCAUUGAUGCAGCUGACACAGACCGAUGGCAACAACUGGUGCAGCCUGGCAAUCGCGUGAUAAUCAGCAUCGCUAUAGGGACAUUGCAGAAGUACAGAGCCACCGGAAAAAUAUGUCCUAAAUGUUUCAGCGAGAAUGUGCCAGAUGCUAUGUUUUCGGGCUGGAAAAGAUGCGUGGGUUGUAAGCUGGAGUUCCAGAUCCAGAAGAUUGAAUCAUGGCCCCAUCGCACCGAGCCCGUGGAUUUUUGUGACAUGGGUCCGAUCGACUCUCAUGGGGAAACGUCGUCCCCUGCUGCGCCCUUUUCUGAACAGGAGCAACCAAGCUCCAUCAGCUCCGAUAGCAAUAUGCCUGACGACUUCUCUUCACGCGACCUAGAUCCUCGCAAAGAUCGAGAAGAAGCUCUAAAGCAUAUUACAGUGGUGUACGCCCCCAUGUUCAACUUCGUCUUUCGAUCCGCCGGAUGCAUGUGUCGCUUGUUCGGCGACUCAACGCCAUUUGGGCCUGACCUCGAUGUUGUGACCGAAUGUCCGUGUCGUCUGCAUUACGACCCCAAGACGCCUGAAGAGAUAGGCUGGAAGUUGCAAUACCCAGCCAAGGGCUAUGACCCAAGCCAGGACCCAUACUUUGACCGGUUCGGCGGGCAGGAUGUCUUCGCGUGGUAUAUUUCCCACAACAAGCUCAUCCAGCGCUCUCUUAAAUGGCUGCAUAUGCGCCCACCAGAGGCGGUUUGGCACGAGACAGAGCAGCGUUUCAAGGCUGCGCAGCGAGAUGAAGGGCAGCACAAUGCCAUGUCAAUAUGGACGCGCGACUAUCAUGACUGGCAUUUCAAGCUGGAAGGCAGAUAUACGCCAAUAGGCCCUGAAGAGAUGCAGUUGCGUUUUGAUCGUAACAUUCGAAGGCUCUUACGAACAGGUUUUCCUCCACAGAACUCUGCGUUUGGAAGCCGUCGGUUCAGCUUCACUUGACCGAGUCGUCGAAUGCGACCACGGUGGUAGCAUGUCCACUAAUCUCGGCCACAUGCGGUAGCGAAUGAACAUCGCGUUCGAGGACUAUCACCUCACGAAAAGAAUUCGGCGGUAAAAGGGUCUGGAACGACGUCCGCCUUGGGGUACCGAACCACGACGUAGGUCGACAGACAAACUCGACGCUGGAAUCAUCGAGGUUUUUAUAUGAUACUCGGUCUCCCAAGGCCCUGGGGUCGAAAAGCCUGCGUAUCCUUCGCCAUCAGAUCUCUA